GUGACAUAACAUGUGCUGUUGAAGAAUGACAUGAGAAUGAUAAACAAACUGAAACUUGGACUCUGACGGGCCGCGGACUGUGGUCGUGAUGAACCUUGGUUAAUUAGCAACAAGUUUGUGGGACAACACGAUGGCGGUGUACGCGGCUCACCUGACGCGGACGCUGCAGGGCACGCCGAGCGUGUUCCAAGUCACGGCGCAGGAAGCGCUCGGCUCUACCGUGAAACCUGCGCUACGGAAAGUUGUAGAGUUCCUGUCAGUGACGUACCCCACCAAGUGUGGCUGGUGCCUGCAGUGGUACGACGAGCUGUAUCUCCUGUUCGAUACUUGUCUGCAGUACUACUACCUCAAGCAUUAUGCGGCAUCAUUUUCGGAAAGUUUUUACGACCUCCUGCGCGUGCCGACGGUGACCAGCGAGUUCUCGACGGGGCAGCAGCUGCCGGUGGCCCUGGAGCGAGCCUCGCUGGCACUGCUCGUGCUGCUGCCGUACAUACAGGACCGGCUCGAGGCAGUCGUGGAGCGCUGGAGGGAGGACGAUGAGGAUGGCAGGCUCGGGAAGCAGUCCACCCAGGACCGAGCCCGUCGCGGCGCGGUGUUAGCGUGGCGUAUAGUCCGCGCGGCGAGCUGGGCGGCGCGCGGCGCGUGGCUGGCGCGGUACGUGGCGGGGCGCGGCGCCACGCACUCGCUCACGCUGGCCGCGCUCGGCCUCAGCCUGCGCCCCGCGCCGCCGCGGCCCCCCUACCAGUACACCUGGGGAGAUCUCGUCAGGAACCUCUUCACUGGACAGUUCAGUGGCGUGGAGUGGUUCCCGCUGGUGGGUAGCGGCGCGCUGCGCGCGGUGGAGUACGGCGCCUUCGCCGUGCAGUUCCUGCGCUGGUGGGACACGCGCGCCGCGCCCACUACCGCGCUCCCCACGCCGCCACCGCCACCGCGAGACGAGCGAGCAGCGCGUUGGAAGAACAAGUGUCCAAUAUGUCUACAGUCGUGGAAGAUACCAACCGUGUUACCGGUGUCGGGCUACGUGUAUUGCUACGCGUGUAUAGCCCGCGAGCUGCGUGCGCGUGCGCAGUGUCCAGUCACCGCCCUGCCGGCCACUGAGGCCAGCCUCGUCAGACUGUACGUCGACUGAAAACUGACUGACAACGCUCAGUCACUACUUAUAUCGCCUGAAGGAGGUUGCAGCUUAGGAAUAAUUUAAAUAAUUACAAUUUCUAUAAAGUGUAAUAUUUUCAAUAUGUACUGACUUUGACUGCCUCGUUGGUCGAGUGGUCGCAAGUGCGACUGCCGGGCAAGGGGUCUCGGGUUCGAUUCCUGAGACGGGCAAAGUAUUACUGGCCCAUUUUCGGCUUUUCGAAAAAUUUCUCAGUAGCAGCACGGAGUCUGAAAUAUUGCCCAAUAGGGUCACCCCCUAUUACUUGGGACUUAUUACACAAAUGGUCAAAAGUGGGUGUAAAUUGUGCAGUGGCAUUACCUGCCGUAAUGUGCACCUCUGCCUAACCAAUAGUAAAGUAAAUUAAUUAAUUGACUUGUGCCAUGUCACACUGUCACUUAUACUAGUCAAGUUCUAUGAAGUCUAUGUAGCAGGUACAGUCAGCCUAGUUAUUUACUAUGCAGGUCAGAAAAUUGCUUUAGAGCUUUAGAUAGCGAAACUAUUGAUUGACUCUUUUUAUUUUAAGGGGGGAACAUCAUGACUUCUCACGCCUUGGGCGAGGUGAGAUGUAAUAUCAGGCUCUUACUGACUAAAAAACCCCGUUCCUUCUACUGCAUUUCGAGCCGGAGCCCCGGUAACCUGCUAGGCAGUUCGCAGCUCCUGGUCGGCAUCAGUCCUACUGAGCCCCAUCUGUGAUUGGUUCGCCACUGGGCCCAGCAAUGGUUAUAAGAGAUAUAGCUUCGUCAAAAAGUAUACAAUUUAGUAAAACAAUAACUAUCUCUACAGAAUCUAUUUUUGUUUUCUUCCCUGCAUACUAAAUGACUUGGCUGACUGUACUAUCGACAAACUCCUAUCAUGACCCACUGUGGCGAUAAAUUGUUUGAACUCGUCAAAAUAACAAAAUUAAAUAUUAAUUUCUUUAAAGACAUUUUUGACUUAUAGAAAAUAUUGUAAUAACUAGAUUGAAAUAUUGUACUGUUGAUACAUAUUAUAAUUAUCAAUUCUAUGUAAAUAUAAUUUUGUUAUGUCCGACUUUUGACUCGGACGGUUGUAGCUAGGUAGAAAAUAUGUGAUUUCCUUUUUGUCCUUUUUUUUUUGAACUAUCUACAUUAUAACCUACUUGUAUUGGUCGUGGUAUUAGCUGUAUUACUGUAUGACCCCAACGCCCGUUUUUCCAACCCCUCCUGAAUUUUAAGGGACCCCAGAUAAAGCAUUUAACGUCAUUUUUUUUGUUUUCACCUAUCUACAAGUAUUCAUUUAUUCAUAUUUCUACAACAAUAUAGAUUUACAGUCUUAUAACCAAAUCGUCUACAUGUUCUUAAAAUUACGUUAAAACAAAAUAAAAUCGAAUACAAUAAAUCAAAAUCAAAUCUUAGCACCUACGUCACUGAUCCGGAGCUGCGGACUGCCUAGCGGGUUUACCGGGGCUCCGGUUCGAAAAGCAGGAGUAGGAACGGGGUGGUUUUUAGUCAGUAAGCUAAGUAGCUUCUAGCUAAGAUGUGGUUUAGGGGUGGUUGGAGUAAACGGCCAUAAGUUUGCCAAAAUAAAAUACGUUAUAUAAGAUAUUAUUAUAUGUAUGUAUAGUGUGAAUAUCAAGGUGUGGUGUUUCUGAAGGAGUUAGGUAAUGGUAAAUAUACUUACAAUUAUUUAUUAAUUUGAACCUCAUUCCGUAUGUAAUAAGGUCUAUUAUUGCGUUCAAUUUGUAUUUAAAUUAGUUCAUAUAUUUUUAUAUUGUUGCGGUAUGUUAACUGUACAUAUUGUUUACAGUUUUGUUAUAUUUUGUGUAAAUAAAAUACAAAACAUGAAUUUUUUAA